AAAUGUAAAUUAAUUGAAAAUUUAACCAGAUAGAGGAAAACCCUGAUCUCGUGGGGCUUCCCCCCCUCCCCACUACUUAUGUGGCCUGGAUCCAGGACUCUUCGAAGUCCCUCCCAGCAGAGGUGGGGAGUGUCGUCUCGUGAGGCCGGGAAUGCCCAACCACCAGGGCGUCGCUGUCUGCGUCCAUUUUAGCUGCAGUUAUACUAGGACCAGUUGUCGCUACGUGGACCGCACACAAUCAUGGCAGGCGCGUUGCAAGAGACUUCGAGGCUGCUGAAGGAGCACCUCCGUCUGGCCGGUCUGCCCGACGACGGUCAGCUGUGGGCCGUGGCACAGUCGCCUCUCGGGGGCCGCGGACUUGUCGCCUCUCGAGACAUCGCCCCGGGCGAGCUGGUGUUCUACGACGUCCCGCUGGUGCUGGGGCCUCGUGCAGGCGCCCAUUGCCCGCCGGUGUGUGCGGGCUGCCUUCAGGGUUUCGAGGCGCUGCUGCCCUGCUCCAGAGGCUGCGGGUUGCCCGUGUGUUCCAGCCAGUGUGAGAGCGUCCCUCUUCACCGCUUCGAGUGUCAGAAGCUGAGCAGCUGGGGGGUGCGAACGAAUGGCUCGUGGUCCCGGGAACUCCUGAGAGCUUCAACUCCGGUGCGGUGCCUCGCGCUCAGCCCCACGAAGAGGCAGGUGCUCCAGUGUCUCCAGCGCCACGGCGGCUCGCAGCAUGCGUUUGAGGUAGACAUUCUGAAGCAGAAAACCGAGAAGGGGCCGAGCACCGAGGAAGAGGCCUUCAUGCGCCUCGCAUGCUGUGUCAUGGACGCGAAUGCCUUUGAAACGGCACAGAUUCCUCUGGUAAAGGCCGUCCGGACGGAGGAGGGCACAACGCCCAGCCUGCGAGGGCUGUAUCCCCUAGCCUCGAUGAUGAACCACGCGUGCACGCCGAACACGCGACACGGUUACGACGAGCGACAGCGAAUGGCGGUCCGGGCCGCCAUGCACAUACCAGCUGGCACCGAGAUCACCAACUCUUACACGUCGCUGUUAUGGGGCACCACGGCCCGGAGGUAUCAACUCGCGGUCACCAAGCACUUCCUGUGCGCCUGUUCGCGAUGCAGCGACCCGCAGGAGGGUGGUUCACGCCUGGCCGCCCUCAGAUGUCUGACGCCGUCGUGCCAAGGCUCGAUGUUCCCGACAGAACCUCUGGACGACGAGUCAAUGUGGGAAUGCGAGCUGUGUGGAUGCCAGGCGACAGGGCGCAAGGCAGCCAUCACUCAAGGUACUUUAGGGCGUCUUCUGUGUAUCGUCGACAGCAAAAAUAUCGCUCAAAUGGAACGCUUCCUCUGCGAGCACCACCACGUCAUGCCAUCAACCAAUCAGAUUGUGGUAGAGGUCAAGUGUAACCUCAUCCGAAGCUACGGGCACGCCACGGGAUACUCAUGGACAGAUGUCACGACGCAAAAGCUGGAGCUGAAGGAGCGCCUGUGCCGAGAGGUGUUGCAGUUGCUGGAGACGCUCAGGGCAGGGCAGUGUCGGUUGAGGGGCCUGCUACUUUAUGAACUUCACUGCGUGUUAAUGGAGUUGAGAGCGAGGCGGGGCAGGGAUUCGUCAGACGCCACUGUGCAGGUCGAGAAGGCUUUCAGAUCACAGCUGCUAAGUGCUGACCAAAUUCUUCAUAAAAUACGUACCAAUACAAUAUAACAAAGUUAAAUUUAUGAAUUUCAAUGUCUGGUCUCAGUCCCGUGUGAUAUAAGAUGGAAUAUUAAUUAAAAAGAACAAUGAAUACUGUUCAGACUUACUAUUACUAUAGCUCGUAUAUCUGAUGCGAGAUCGAAUGGCACUUCAGACAACUAAUCCAUUCACCAAAUAUUUUCUCACAAACAAACCACCAGAUAAACCUAAGAGUAAUCACUUUUCAUUGCGACACCAACCAAAAUCCACAACAGUCCCAAGAAACCAUGCAUGGCCAAGCGGUACUCGGUUCAACAUCGCUUUAUAGUAAUACCGAACACGAGUUUUCAUUUUUAGACUCAUUAUUCGUAACUGUAAAUUUAACAUUAACCAAACCUCAAAUUCUAUAAGUUAGGGAAUCAGACCUGUAACUGACAAAAGGAUUUAACAAUAACAAUUGCGUAAUAAUGACCACCUGUCACGCAGGCCGCCUACCUCCUAGAAAAACCGCGAAUCCAUGGGCCCACAAGGUGGUCCUCGCUUACUCCAGAGCAUGAGAAAUGUCUGCAACCUCAGAGUCCAAAUAGUACAACCAUGAGAACGUUGCUGCUAAUUUUUUCAGGACCUUGGCAGGGAGGCGUUGGCCUGUGUGCAGGAAGCUGCUGAAAUCCUGGCAGGAGACAUCACAGCUCCCGUGGACAUCGAACUUCGCCUGAGCACUUGCAGACGAGAUGUGACAACCGCAUAGUGGGGCUGGCCGACAGCU